AUGUCCAUAGACCUCAACUGGGAAACCCUCACCUCCGGCCCCGACGGCGCCCGCUACGCCGAACGAGUCCGCGACUUCGUGCACACAAAGUUCCAGACCAUCCCCUUCCCUAAAUUCAUCAAGUCCGUCCAAGUGCACUCCUUCACCUUCGGCACAAUCCCGCCCGACAUCGAGAUCAAGGAGAUCUGCGACCCCUACCCCGAGUUCUACGAGGAGGACGAGGACGACUACGCCGAGUCGGACUCGGAUCCUGAGGACGACGCCGCCUACUCCCUCAAGCUCGAACGCGAGCGCCGCCGCCGGGAGCGCCGCAACGACUCCGGCAGCGUCCCCAGCACACCGAGCAUCCAGCCGCCGCCAUACUCGCUCGACGGCGGCCGCGCCAGCGGGCCCGGCGCAAUCGCGGGCUUCCGCGGCGCAUUCUCCCCCGGCAUCCCAGAUACCUUCCCUGGGCGCGUGGGUGUGACGGGCGUAUCGACGCCGCUAUUCAACCGCGCGGGCAGCAGCUCAAACCUCCACUACUUCCACUCUGCACUGUCGACGGGCUUCACUACCGCGGGCGGCACCACUACCCCUACCCUCUCCGCGUUCGUCUCGCCACCGCCUUCAGUCAUCCCCGCGCGCGCUUCAACAGCAGCAUCGACGGGCUCUGUCCCCUCCCCGCCGUCUACCGCCGACUCGGCCGACCACGAGCGCGACCCGACCACGCCGCCACCGCCGCCGCAGGCUGCUGCGUCUGACUCGCCGCUACGAAGGUCUUCGGCGGCAUCGAUGAUGCCGAGGCUGCGUGAGCCGCGCGACGAGGAUACGCAGAUUGUGUCGCGCGUACGAUAUGCGGGCGAUGUGAGGCUGGAGCUGACGGCAGAGCUGCUGCUGGAGUAUCCUGUGAGUGCGUUUGCGGCGCUGCCGGUACGGCUUGUUGUGACGGGGUGUCGGUUCGACGGGUUGGCGUGUCUGGCGUAUAUCAGACGGCGGGCGCAUUUCUGUUUUCUGGACGAGGAGCGAGGCGGCGGCGACGGAGAGGGGAGCGCGGGAGGGAGCUUGUUGAAGGAGAUCAAGGUGGAGAGCGAGAUUGGCGAGAAGGGGAGGGGGAAGCAGGUGUUGAAGAAUGUGGGCAAGGUGGAGAGAUUUGUGCUCGAGCAGGUGCGCAGGAUCUUUGAGGAGGAGUUUGUGUUUCCGAGUAGUUGGACGUUUUUGGUGUAG